AUGGGCAAACCAACCUCGAGCUUCUCAAUUCCCGGCUUCAUCCGCCUGGGGCCAUCUGUCUACCUCCAAGAACCCCACCUCAACUCUGGCACCAACAUCUAUCACACAAACCAAACCCCUACAUUCCCGAGCGUCCCUCUUCACCAACACCCGCCUAGCCCGACAUCAACAUACCAUGCCAGAACCAACAGUAGUAGCACUCACUCCAGCGAGGUCACUUCACCAGAUGUCAUCAUCCUUACCUCCUGGACUGGCGCUAGUGCUAAACACGUCGCCAAGUACACCAAUGAGUACAACGCGCUGUACCCUGGCGUCCCUAUCUUGCUCAUCACCACCAUGGUCGCCGAUUUCUUUCUUCACUCCACCGCCCACAAGCUCGCUUCACUAAAGCCGGCUGUUGAUUAUCUCUUGUCAUGGCGACCAUAUUCUUCUCGGUCCGUAUCUACCACGGCAACAGCGGCUAUCCCUUCCUUCACCACUGCCACAGAACGACAGAGGAACCCAAGACAAGGACACAGACAACCCCCCUCCGUUCUCUUACACGCCUUCUCCGAAGGCGGCGCCCAUAAGGCAGUCCUCCUAGCCCGCGCAUAUCGGGCCGCUGCUACAGCCGCUGCACAAAGCAAAGGCGAGAACGGUGAUGGCAGUGGCGUCCCAAAGAUACCCGUACGCGCCUUGCUCCUCGAUUCCACCCCUGGUACACCCUCCUUCGCCAGGAUGACUACAGCCUUUGCACGGGCUAUGCCGGGAUAUUCGCCCGGCGGCUCUGGCAAGGCUAAUCUCCUCGCACGUGGCCUUGCACAUGGCGUCGAAGACGACGUUGUAUGGUGGAGGGACGUGCAUGAACACGGCGUGGAGAGUUCGAAACAGGGAAAUACGGCAGGAGGGGGCGGACUGGGGAGUCUGAUGGUGCGGUUUAAGCGGACAGAACAUUGUGCGCACGCGAGGGUGAACGGGGAGGUGUAUUGGGGGGCUGUGAGGCGGACAUGGGAGAUGAGGGCCGACGGCGGGAUGGGGCUGCGGAUGGGGUUGGGGAGGAGGUUGAGUUUGGAUUCCUUAUGCUUUGACGACGAGGGGUCGCAGUGA